AUGUUCGCUGUUCCAGGAUGGUCCGUUGAGAGCUCUGCUCUGCAGUCACAGACUCAGCCCGUGCAGCCCAAGAACGAGUCCCAGCCGGAGAAGGAUGCCAACUCCGAUGGGAAGAACAACAAGCGCAAGCGUGCCAAUGACCGUGUCACCGCGGGCAAUGUGGAUGAGAUGUACCGCAGGCACAUUGAGGGUACCACCAGGGGUGGAAAGCCCGGCGCAGAGGCUCCCGUAAAAUCAGAGAAGAAGCAAAAGAAGGAGAAGAAGGAGAAGCAAAAACUUGAGACAACCACCACCGAGGAGCCUACAAGUGAAACUGUCAUCACCGCCGAUUCAGACGCAGAUCAAAUCGAGGAGAAAGCACCCAAGAAGAGACAAAGGAAGAACAAGAAGAACAAAGACAACGCCGCCGAGGACAAGACUGAGGCAGAUGAUGCUACCACUACACCAGCCAAAGAAGCUCCUGCCCCUACUCCCGCUGCGCCUGCACUCCCACCAACAGCGAACCUGACACCUCUCCAGCAGGCGAUGCGACAGAAGCUGAUCUCCUCUCGGUUCCGCCACCUGAACGAAACCCUCUACACCACCCCCUCCGAGAAAGCACUCGAGAUGUUCAGUACCAACCCGGAGCUGUUCGACGAGUACCAUGCCGGAUUUGCGCGACAGGUGAAGGAGUCCUGGCCCUCCAACCCGGUCGACGACUACAUCAAGACCAUCCGCCACCGCGGUGCAAUCCCGCUCCCGAAGCGCGGAAACCCCCUGAACCCUGCUAAGGGCUAUCCGCUCCCCCGUCGUCCCACUGGACUAUGCACAUUCGCCGAUCUGGGCUGCGGUGAUGCACAGCUCGCACGCGCCUUGACGCCCUCGGCCAAGAAGCUGAAAAUCAAGCUCAACAGCUACGAUCUGGCAGCGCCCGAUGCGCUGAUCACCAAAGCAGAUAUCUCGAAUCUCCCCUUGGAAGAUGGUGCGGCGGAUGUGGCUAUCUUCUGUCUGAGUCUGAUGGGAACCAACUGGGUUUCUUUCGUCGAGGAAGCAUGGCGUAUUUUGCGCGGCGACGGCAAGGGCGAGUGCUGGGUCAGUGAGGUCAAAAGUCGAUUUGGCAAGGUCCAACGCAAGAAGUCUCAGAUCGGUGCGCAGAAGCCCGGCAGCAAGGCGGACAAGAAGAAGCCGAAGAAGAAGGGCGGCGACAAUUCUGAUGAUGAGGGCGAUAUCUUUGCUGAGGAUGUGCGGCCGUCUGACAAUAAGGACGAGACUGAUAUCUCGGCAUUUGUGGAGGUUUUCCGGUCUCGUGGGUUCAUGCUUCGCCAGGAAUCCGUGGAUAAGUCCAAUAAGAUGUUUGUGAGAAUGGUAUUUGUUAAGCAGGGUGGUGCGCCUACCAAGGGGAAACACGCUUCCGCUAUCAGUGCGCCUGCCCCUGGUGGUAACAAGAAGCGCUUUGUUGACCGCAAGCCUGAUUCAGAGUCUGGCAUGUCGGCUGAGCAAGAGGCCCAGGUGCUGAAGCCAUGUGUUUAUAAGAUCCGCUAG